CUGCCAGAGCUUCAAAAAUUGAGAGCACUUUUAAAAACUGAAAGCUACAACAUGUUUGAGAACUCCUCAACCUAAUUCUCAGAGACCACAACAUUGAGAGUGUAUGUUUGUGUGUUUCCGUGUCCUGUGUUAAAUAAACUGCAUGGUCCACAAAAGAGAGUGGUAUCGGUGGUCGAUUUGUGGUGCUGAGACGAAGUUGGCUAAGAUUAUAUUCUACUCUGUAAGAAUACACAAAAUAGUGAAACAAUGGAUUUCAACUCCAAUCUCUUAUCAGUGAUCCUCCUACUGAUGAACAUCACAGGCUCUCAAACGUUGGACCGUUUCCCUGUGACCUGUGAGAAACAGAACAUUUGUGCUUUGAAGGAGACUCAGGUGACACUGAAAUGCUCUUAUUCAAACACAAACAUCAAAACUGUGUUCUGGUUCAGUCAGAAACAGAGUACAAACUGGAGACACAAAGAUGAACCUGAAGAUUUGACUGUAGACUCUGAUUACUCAGGACGUGUGAAACAUCAGAUCACAAACACAAACACACAUUCAACACUCAUAAUUUCAGAUCUAAGAGAGAGAGACUCUGGAGAAUAUCACCUCAUGUUCAUUAUGAAGGAUGGAGUUAAACAUCUCAGCUCAUCAGCAGUCAAUCUGACAGUCACAGUCCUGCAGGUGAAAAUGAAUCCUCAAUCAACAGAGCAGAGAAAUCAGAGAGAACUUAAUCUGACCUGUGACACUUCCUGCACUUUGACCUCCAUACCUCAGAAGUACUACUGGAAACAAAAUGGGCGAUAUAUAACAGAUAAUCAUUCCAGAAGCAUCAAAGUGCAAUCCAGUGAAGAUCCUGUCAGCUAUUCCUGUUUUCUUUCUCCUGACUUUAAAAAUACCUCCUCUCCUGUGUGCAUUUCUAAGAGUAAGUGCUGGAAUGUGACUUACACCUCUACAAGAGUCUGUGCUUUGGUUGGCUCAACAGUAGACAUUCCCUCUUUAUACUCACAUCCAGCUGGUCAUACAGUAAUUAAAGCAUUCUGGUAUUACGUUCAGCCUGGGGAUUUCCUGGACCUGCGUAAAGAGUCGUGGCUUGUUGGUCGUGUGGAGUAUUUGGGGAACACACUGAGAAUCAAAGACGUCAAGAUGAGCGACUCUAGAGAAUAUCGAUUCAGGAUCAUCACUAACAGAAACUCUUACAAUGGUUUACCUGGAGUUAUUCUUACUGUCACAGAUACGCAGGUGACAAGCAGCCCAGCCACAGUAUCAGAGGGAGAGAAAGUGAUAUUAAGCUGUUCAACCAAAUGCACUCUGAAUUUAAAUCAUACUUAUGUUUGGUACAAGAAUGGAUAUCAGGUAACAGAUGGAGUCACAAAAUUAAACAAGUUGUACCUGGACUCAGUCAGUAGAGAGGAGCUGCAAGAGUAUUCCUGUGAUCCAGGAGGAAUCCAGGCACCUACAAAACCAAAUAACACCACAGCAAUAUUGAGCACAAUAUUCGUACUAUCUGUGUUUCUGAUUCUUGUACUUAUUGGAAUCCUGUGCUAUAGGAGGAGGAAGGAUAAUCCAUCUCAAAAGUGUGAGGAUGCAAAAGAGGGUUUAAAGUCUGAUUCAGCUACAGUGGACAACACUGCACCAUUGUCUACAAUCUAUGACUCCAAGCAGCAAACUAACAUGAUGGAUGAGGACAUUCAUUAUUCAAGUAUUAAUUUCAAGCAGUCUCACUUGAAGAAAACAUCUUUGGCCACUACUGAAAUAUAUUCAACCAUAGAAAAUGUUCCUUAUGCCACUGUGCAGUUCAAAAGACCGUUAGCUUAGCCAGGCUUAAAAUCACCAGUCUUAGCUUGACCAACUAAGCUUUUGCUCUUGUUUAAAGUAAGUCUCUGCGUAUUUUGAUGUUUUAAACUUUUAAACUAAAUUGUUCAAAUAGUAUAGUAAAACAUUGUGCCCAAGGUCUUAAAAUCUUGAAGUUCAUACAAUGGAUCCAGCUGUGUGCCACCCACAAUCCCAAAUUAAUGUAUACCUACAUUUUCACCAAGGUAAAUUCAUUUUAAUAAGUUACAUUUAAUUGGUUUAAAUAUUGAUUCAGGUUAUAGUAAAAGCAAUAAUAACUACGGACUGCCAUUGGGCAUUUGUUGUCAAAAUGUUAAGAACAGUUUGGAUCACUUACACUGUUGUUAUCAAUUAUAAUGGCUAUUAAAUGUGGCUUUGUGUUUUUAUUAACGUUUGUCUUGAGUCUAAAUAACACAUCUCUGUUAUGCCUUCUUUGCCCAAUUUAAUGUGUUGGAUGAAGCGCUCAAUGGCAUACUGAAAAGCUUUCUGGUGACUUUACAUAAUUAUUUGAAAAGCACGGUUAAUCUUAAUAUUAUUCUUUUAAUUCCUGAGGUAUUUCACGCAAUCAAAUCACCUUUCUCUCCGUGUUUGAGAACGGCAGAACAAGUGCUAGUAGGAAGGCUUGUCCCAUUGCAGGAAGGUGCUCCAAAAUUGUCUUACCUCACCCCUAAUCCUAACCAUAUACACUCACUGAGCACUUUAUUAGGAACACCUGUACAUCUACUUAUUUAUAUAAUUAUCUAAUCAGCCAAUCAUGUGGCAGCAGUGUAGUGCAUAAAAUCAUGCAGAUAUGGGUCAGGAGUUAAUAUGGGUCAAGUUAAUGUUCACGUCAACCAUUAGAAUGGGGAACAAAUCUCAGUGAUUUCGACUGUGGCAUGAUAGUUGGUGCCAGACGGGCUGGUUUGAGCAUUUCUGUAACUGCUGAUCUCCUGGGAUUUUCACGCACAAAAGUCUCUAGAGACUCAGAAUAGUGCCAAAAACAAAAAACACCGUAAGCGGCAGUUAUGUGGACAGAAACACCUUGUUUACGAGAGAGGUCAACAGAGAAUGGCCAGACUGGUUCGAGCUGACAGAAAGGCUACGGUAACUCAGAUAACCACUCUGUACAAUUGUAGUGAUCAGAAUAACAUCUCAGAAUGCACAACACGUCGAACCUUGAGGCGGAUGGGCUACAACAGCAGAAGAUCAUGUCUGGCACUUUAUUAGGACCAUACUGUUCUUAAUAAAGUACUCAGUGAGUGUACAGCCUGUAAGACUGAGUACCCAGCCAGGCACAACUCAGGGCACAUUUCAGCUAUAUCUAAUCUCCAUCUGUUAACCUUAGUUAAUUUUUAGACAUUGAUCCACUUGACAAAUAAAUAACACAAAUUUGAUGUGUAUAAAUAUCUUUGUUUUUUAAACCAACCCAAAACAAUUAUCUUACUACAAAAUGCAAUGUUCUAUUAUCAGUGCAUUACAGCAUAUUUAUUAUACAAAAAUAUAUAUUUAGAUAUUUAUGUAUACAAUUUUUGUAAAUGAAAUGGAUAAAUUCUCACUAUUCAUAAACAAAGCAAUAGAUUUGACAUGAAUGCAAUUUUUCUAUAAACAGAAAUGGCUGAACUCAGCAUACUGCCAAAUUCUAGUUUAAACAGGGAACUCCCAUGUAGCCUACAUAUAGCCUUUUAAUAGAAAUUCUUUGCAAGCCUACGGUUUUAUUUUUAGAAGAAUAUUUUUAAAAAUUGUCAUUAAGAAAUUAAAUGGGUGUAUUUAUUUAUGACUUUUCUGAGUAAGCAAAGAUAUAAUUGUUUGCCUUUGAUUGUUGGUCAUUAUCAAAUAUAUAAAUGCUACAUUUACAUAAGAAGUGAAAACAUUCAUCACUAAUCCUACUGAUACACAUUACAGGUAUAAUAAUGUUUGUGUAUUAAUGCAUUCCAUUUUUCUUCUAUUACCUAAUCAACAUGAAUCGACAGACUAGUGGUGUACAUACUGUCUAGAGAGCAAUAUUUUCAUGUUAUGAUCAGCAUUGUUAACAACACAUGAUGAGUAAUGAAAAUGGUUUAAAGGAAUAAUGUGUGUUCAAAACAAACCUUUUCACAAAUGAAUGGAAUAGUAUUUGAAAGCUUUUAAUGAUUAUAAAACACACCUCUCAUGCUUUGUGAUAACAUUGUUCUUGCUCGACAAUAAAGGGGUGAAAAAUGGAGAAUGUUUUUUUUUAAUACUUAAACUGAAAAUGAAGGAAAUAAGAUAAUCAUAAAAUUGCCUACUUUUUCUUCAAACGCUGACAGCUCUUUCACAAAUCGCUGAAACUAAGCUGGAGAACUUCACAACGUGUGAUGUGGGUAUACAUUAUCUUUUAGUUGAACGUUGGUUUUAUGAGCUAAUAAAAUUAAUGUAUUUGUUUUUUAGGUAAUGUUAUGACCUUGAACAUAGUUCAAAUAAUUAUUGAGUUAUUGGGCUAGAUAAAAGAUUUUACAUAUAUUUUAUAAUGUUUUUCUAAGGUAAGAGACGAAGAAUGUAUUAUUAUUAUUAUAUAUAUAUUUGUAUUUGUAUUUAAAAAAGUUAAUUCAUGAUGUGCACAUUUCAGAAGACCUCUUCAUAUGCUAUUGUAAUUCUGUGUGCCGCAGCAUGUAACAAAUGUGUAACAUUAAAAGGCAUUAA